CCCAAGAACCGCGUUUGUUUAUAUGCACAAAAACUGCUGACAGGAAAAAAAAACGGCGCUCCUUUGACAAUAAGACAUACAUAUAUUUGUAUUUGCUCUUAUAGUAAUAUUAAGCGGAAAAACAUAAAAUUCAACAUCAAUUAACGAAUUCGGUUUAAAUUGCUUGGCGGAGACCACCUCGAUCCCGGGGAGAUGGAGAAGUCCCAAUCACCACCCGAAGAGGAAGACCUUUCCAUUAUAAUAACCCAGUUUUUGAGUCCUCAUCAAUUCAGCUAUGUGAUGUUAAAGGAUGUGAUGGCACGCGCAUCGCGUGUUCUUAGAAUCGAACAAGAACUUGUGAACCACUGCACUAAGGAAAUGAAAGAACGCGCAUACCUGGUAAACCAGGAGGUCAUCGUUUUAUAUAAGCCUGGCUGUCCACCCAAGCUAAUGAGGGGUGUAGUGAAAAAGUGUCUGCGCGAUGAGUACGUAGUGUGGAUCUUGGACUACGGCUUCACUCUAUGCUGCUCUUCACUAGACAUGUGGCCCUUGCCCGAGAAAUUGGCUUUGACAUUCUAUGAAGUCAAGCACGGAGGUGUUGCGAAUAUUGCACCUGCGACAGACAACUGGUCUAAAAGUUGCGUGCGCGUUUUUGACAAAUUAUUAAAGGACGCCAAGCAGUUGAACUUUGAAGUCGUAUGUCAUGGCAAUGCGAAUCAAAAUUUAGGGAAGCUCAUGUUCAAGACUGACAGCCAGAGUGAAGAUUUCCAGGAUGGUGCCCAAUUUUUGGUCGACCAAAUGCAUGCCUCCCGUAACAUCUUCAACGACAUCCCGGAACCAAGUGAUGCGUUUAGCUUUGAGCUGGCCGAGAUCAACGACCCGUUGAUCGAAGCAGGUCCGCGUGUCAAAAAUAUAAUCCAACUGGUGUCGUCGUCCAGUAACCCAAAUCCGAUUGUACUAACAACAAUCCGCAACCCAUAUACAACAGUUUAUCAUUCGACAUUACUAAAGCUUCGAAAGUGCAGAUGUGGCGUGGAGCAAGUGAAUCCAAUUUGUCCCGGCCGUCGGAAAGGGCUCCGUUUCUGGAACAAUCUGUUGACUAUCGUUUUCCCCUCAAAGUUCCGAUUUUUGGAAAGAACAUCUAUUGAAAAUAAUCAAAAUAAUAACGAAAUUAUGCCCAAUGAAAGCAGCGCCCUAAAUGCAGACCUGGAGUCAGAAUAUGAAGAUGCCCAAACCCCGGUUGAAGACGAUUUGUGGAAGAAUUUUCAGUUGAGAAAACGAUCUUCGUCAUCUUCCGCAAGCAGUGAGGACAGCUUCUGCACCGUUAAGAAUGCUUCAUCAGACGACUUUGAAUUGUCAGAAUCACCGAAGUCUAGCACAGAAUCGCUUUAUCUAAGUCCAGAAGUGUCCCUUUCCACCUCCGAACGUGAUUUCUCGUCAUCUGCCACUACGAAGAAUGCAUCUACCUCGACCACAUCAUCAAAGAAAGGAGAAUCAUCAUUUCAUUGCGGAAAAUUUUCUAAAAAUGUUAGCGAGGCCCCGCCAUCAAAGACCAUGGCAGUUCUGGCUCACAGCCGACAAAUGGUUAAUCCUGUUGACUCGCUGGCCCACUUGCCAUUUUGCCAGGAGAUCCGUAGAAGCAUGAAUGACCUGAACAUUCGUUAUGCUCCAAUGCAGUUGUACUCAUGGCCGCAUAUCAUGAGCGGAUCGGUAGUGCUGAUUAAUGACCCCGGGAGGGGUCGCACUUGGAGCUACCUGCCCGUACUGUGUUCCGCGGUGUUGAGUUCAUUGCAGAACACCGCGUAUAGUCGCGCCAUAAAGCUGGGUCCACUGGCCAUUCUCUUGGUGGAUUCAAAAGACCGUGCCAGAGAGCUGACCAACAUUUGUAUCUCUCUGAUGUCAAGCUCUGACACCCAGAUGCUGAAAGUGGUCAAUAUCAUGGUAUUCUCUGAAUAAUUGCCAAUGAUGUUACUCAAUUCGUGCGGUAUCCUGGUCACAACACCGGACCAUUUCCUGGACCUAAUGAACUGUGGGAUAAGCCUGAUCGAUCCGAAAAGGCUGGAGUUCUUCAUUUUUGAUGACUUUGAUCGCGUGCAAAAGGCGACUACCAAGGGCUUAAAUGAAGUGAUAAAGAAGUUAAACGGGAUGCCUACUAGCCCAAGGAUGCAGUUGAUCUUGGUGGCCCAGCAAUGGCAUGAGAAGGAGUUUGAGAAGCUUCUGAAGGACACGCCAAAACCAUUGGCUGUCUUUGGCAAUUUUCUCGAGGCAGCCAUGUAUGGCUCUAGGUUGAAGUUUAUUCUGAAGGAAUCCAACAAAAAGGCAGACGUGUUACUCAAGUUUCUGGCGGAUCAGAAAGCUUUCAAUAAACGUACAGUCAUAUAUUGCAAAAAUGAGAUUGAUUUAACCGUCCUUGAUAGAAUCUUGACAAAUGCUGGGUACGAAUGGGUUGGCCCUUCCGAUGCCCAGAACCAGGUGCCCCACAAGCUGUUGAUGAUCAGCGACGAGAUUGAAACGCCCCGUUUGGCAGUGCGGAACUUCGAGGUAGUCAUCCAUUACAGCCUACCCAAUACAUGGUCGAAGUACCAGCGAUUCAGUGCCAUGGCCGAUCAAAUCCCGAACUAUUUUACAACUAUGGCACAGGAUGAAAAGAAGCAACCUCUGUUGAGCUAUUUGUUGCUUGACAGGAGUAACUCCCGGCAGUUUGACCGUUUGACUGAAUUCCUUCGUGCCCACGGAUAUUUAACGGACGGGGCUCCCUGGAUGAACUGCCAGCCGCAGGUGGAUGAUAGCAUUCCUUGUUGUCCAUUUUUUCUCAGUACCGGCGAGUGUGACAUGUCCUGUCACAAGAGGCAUCAUUUCAUUCCAGCCGAUAUGCCUGAGAAUCCUAUGCAGCAAAAGGGAUCCGUCAUCCGCUGCAAGUUGUGCAAGGUCUAUGACCCAACUCACAUGGCUGUGUGGCCUCUGCAGUAUCAGACCAAUGGUUCGACUGAAUGGGUGGAUGCUCCCUAUCCGGUCAAUAAGUGGCUCCCAGCUAUUGAAAUGAGCAUGGGAACGAAUCAAAACGUGCAUCACCCAUAUCGUCUGAGCGAUGUGUGUGCUGUUCACCACCUGGGAUACUUCAAGCGCGUCAAGAUCGUGGACAUACAGUCUAGGGGACAAGUUACUGUCCAGGUAAUGGAUUACGGCACAGAGUUGCUACACGUCAACGCCAGGCAAUUGCUUCAGUGUCCGGAGCAGAAGUUCCGGGCCAUACCAUCACUGGCCAUGGAUAUUCGACUAUCAGGAUUGAGCGUCGGAGAAGGCAAGUGGUUGACAGACACCACCCAGUGGGUUAAACAAUCCCUUUCCGAAAUCACUGACCGUCAACAGAUCCAGAUAACCGUCGAUUUUUCCAUGCUAAAUGUGGUUUAUGCAGCGGAAGUGGCUUUGGUGGAGAAGUGUCUCAAAAUGGGAACUAGUGUCUAUAAACUACUUUUGCGCAAGGAGCUAAUUAAUAGAGGAUUCGGUCAAGAGGAUAGCCAAAGUGAUGUCAGCUGCACCGUCAGAUGGGCGAGCAAAAGAAAAAGGCCAACGAGGGAGUUAAGGACAACAAGGAAAACAUUCACUAGACACCGAACUUCCCAAAAAGUGAGCCAAGGAAUCUCUGACGUCUUUAAGAUCAGGAAGGUGAACAAGCCAGAACAGAUAAUGGAAGAAGUGGAUCCAGUUCAACCCAAACAAGAAUUGACCAAAACUGAUUGCGAGCCUAAAGAGUUACCGUCGAACGAGAACAAUGCUCCAAGUUCCCCAGAAACUGGACUCGACCAACUAUCAACAAGCACCGAAGCCCUUUGCCAAGCCUUAAUGCAAGAAUUGGACACCAUGAGUACCCCGGUAAAGCAGGAUACCCACAAGUUCCUUCAAAGCAUUUUGGUAGAAAUCGAGGCCACCAACCACAAGAAAUCCAAUGAACUGGAUGAAUUGAAGCCGCCGGCUAAGCCCGUAAGCCUGUCUUUGCUGUAUUCAAAAAUAUCUAAAACAGCAGUCCGUCCCAGAGUCAAGUGGCAUCAAACCAAAUUCCACAUCGAGCUAACCAUUGAGCAGCAGGCCGGAUUCGAGCUCUGGCUGGUGAGCAAGACUUUGAUCUACAACGCGUCGAGCAGUUCGCCACCUCAGCAAUUUGUGCUGCCACUGCUGGGCAAGGUGCGGAUCGUGUCCCAGAAGCAGCAUGGCUAUUACCAAAUUAAGCUGGUCAAGAUGAGCAUAUUAGAGGAUUGGCCAUCGCUUUGUGACUCAGUCUACACCCAAAAAUAUUCCCACUGGCUAACCUACGACGUCGAGCGAGCUGGACCAGCACCGCCGCCGGGUCUAGUCAUGUGGGAUCGCUACUCAAGACACCAGGUGAACAAGGACGACUAUAGCAGCGAGGACGAAGAUUUGUUGACAGGCGUGGAAGGCUCCGACUCAGGUGAAAUCUUUGAUGAUUGUUAGAAAAAUAUAGAUACUUAAAAUACUCUAGAUUAAAGGGGUGUUCUAUAUAAUGUAUUAUUUUGAUGGUACCUAUGUGUCAAGAGAUCGUAAAAACAUAACCUCAAUAUACUCUACACAAUGUUGCCAUCAAUAUUAAUAAAUAAACUGUACAUACAUACAACAACA